AUGUCUGAAUAUCCGGAUCGCAUCGGCCCGGACCACACACCGAAGCGCAACGUUGGAGAGAAAGCUCGACGCUUCUUCAAGGCGUUUACUAGCAAGGAGGGGCUCAUUGGAACCUACAACUAUGGAUUCCUAUUCAAGCCAAACCUCCCCUUCUUGAAGAAGGAUCGCCGUGCAGCUCCUUUCUUUGGACUCAAUGAUCGCAUGCCUAUUCUCCUGGCCACGCUCCUCGGGUUUCAACAUGCGCUCUCUAUGUUGGCUGGUGUUAUCACCCCGCCCAUUAUCCUAGCCGGUGCUGCCAACCUUACCCCCGAUUUACAACGAUAUCUAGUUUCAACCUCAUUAAUCGUGUGUGGCAUCCUCUCCUCGAUCCAGAUCACCCGCUUCCACAUCUGGCGAACUCCUUAUUACAUUGGUACUGGGCUCAUUUCAGUCGUCGGGACCUCGUUUGCUACUAUUCCCGUCGCCACCGGAGCUCUCGCCCAGAUGUAUUCAACAGGAUUCUGCCCCUCAGAUGCUGACGGUAACCCCCUCCCCUGUCCUGACGGUUAUGGCGCCAUCAUCGGCACUGCUUGCGUGUGCGCUCUUCUUGAAAUUCUCAUGGCGUUCACUUCUCCGCGACUCCUGAAGAAGUUCUUCCCGCCGCUCGUCACAGGUCCAACUGUCACACUCAUCGGUGUUAAUUUGAUCCGCUCUGGAUUCCAGAAUUGGGCCGGUGGCAGCGGAACGUGUAACACACGGCCUACAGAAGGCCUCUUUAGACUUUGCCCUACCAUCAAUGCCCCGCACGCACUACCUUGGGGGAGCGCUGAGUUCAUUGGUCUCGGAUUCUCUGUUUUCGUCACCAUCAUCAUCUGUGAGCGGUUUGGAGCUCCUAUUAUGAAGUCUACAGCUGUCGUAAUUGGCCUCCUCGUUGGCUGCAUUAUUGCUGCUGCAACAGGCUACUUCGACCGCUCAGGAAUCGAUGCGUCCCCGGCUGCGUCCUUCAUCUGGGUCCACACUUUCAAGCUUAGCGUCUAUGGGCCCAUAGUGUUACCGCUACUAGCUGUAUACAUGGUCUUAGCCAUGGAAGCAAUUGGUGAUAUUACCGCAACUUGCGACGUCUCCCGCCUUGAGGUUGAUGGCCCUAUGUUCGACUCCCGAAUUCAGGGCGGUGUCCUAGCCGAUGGUCUAAAUGGUAUCAUAGCUGGUCUUUGCACUAUCACACCAAUGAGCACAUUUGCCCAGAACAACGGGGUCAUCGCCUUGACUCGAUGUGCGAACAGAAAAGCAGGUUAUGCUUGCUGCUUCUGGCUCAUUAUCAUGGGCAUUUUCGCCAAAUUUGCCGCCGCCCUGGUUGCAAUCCCUAGCGCCGUUCUCGGAGGCAUGACGACAUUCCUCUUCGCAGCCGUCACGGUUUCCGGUAUCAGGAUUAUGUCUACUGCUCCAUUCACCCGCCGGAACAGAUUCAUUUUGACGUGCGGUUUCGCUCUUGGCUUUGGAGCUACUCUUGUUCCGUCAUGGUUUGCCUACGUCUUUACCUACGGGGGUGACAACCGCGCUCUAAUUGGGUUCUUUAACGCCAUCGAGCUUAUCAUGGAGACCGGUUUCGCAGUGACCGCUUUCUUAAACUUGAUCCUCAAUCUUAUUCUUCCCGAGGAAAUCGAGGAUGAAGAGACCCCCGAGCUUACCGGCAAUGACGCUGAUGAUGUCGCCAAUAAAGAGGAGUGGGAUCGUAUUCGCGGGAACAAGAUGGCAGAUGAGGAGGCGGCCCCGAGAGCCAGCAGUGAGAUCACAGCUGCAAAGCCGCAGUCGCCGGCGCAAUAG